AUGCGGCCAUUUCUGAUGAAUCUGUCUGGCAACCGCGGCAGUAAGAAUAACAGUAUCAAUAGCAAUGGCGCUGGUCGCUCCCGCAUACAAGACACUGAAGGUGUGUCAUCGCGGCUGCACGAGCGCCCCUCCGUCGACGAGGUAUGGCCGCUGGUGGAGGCACAUCUAGUGCACGCCGCCCAUAUCAUCCGCAGUGGCAGCACCGAACUCGUGGAUCGCUUGCGUGACGCACGGCAUCGCAUGAACUGGUACGCGGUGAUAUAUUCUGCCUGUAGUGGCCAGCCGCAGAGAUCGUGCGAAAUCUACCACCGCCUGGCGCUAUUCCUGCUGAACGACCUGGAGGUAAAUGUGUUGCGGCCGUUCCUGCACCACGGCGCCACCGGCUGUGCGCCCUCGUCGAGUUUGUGCCAGCAGUUCGCGCUGCAGUUCAAGCUGUUCAUGGCGUUCCGCCGCGUUGUGCUCUCGUGCUUCGGCUACCUCGACCAGUACUACACAGCGAAGUUCCAUCUCGACCCGGUGACAGCGCUGUGUGUGAAAAUGUUCUACGCGGUGGUGUACGAGCCCAUCCGCGCGGUGCUCGCAAAGGAGAUUAUGGAGCUGGCGAACGAGGCGCGAACGGCGCACCACCACGGUGACACGGUUUCGCAGGCGGGGGAGGACGUGCGGCAGGCACUCGCUGCGAUUUCGGAGAUUCUCACAACCGUCAGGGCGUACUCCUCUGCGUCUGGUUCUGCUGCGCCCAUCGGCGUCGCCGCAGGAGCAGCAACCACCAGCGCCACCACUAGCGGUUGUGGUGGCGGUGGUGGCGGUGGUGGCCCUUGCGACGCCGGUAUGCAGGCCGCACGCACACACAAGGGGACCGACGGCUACCACGCCAGUGACCGCGAAGAGUAUAGUGGUGGUGGAUCUGGGGGAGAGGGACACAACACACUCGACGGCAUCAUCGCUGAAGUGGACCAACUGCAGAUGUUCUCGAGCGGGCAGAAUUCCCAGGUGACAGAAACCAGCGCGGUGGCAGGUUGUGUUUCGCUGGAAGGCAUCCGUCUCUUGCGUGAGAGGCUUGAAAACCGAUCGUUUGCUGAUCUUAUGGCGGGCCCAAUGGUGAUUGGUCGCGGUGUCAGCAGCAACGGCAACCACACCGCUGCUGGUAGUGGUGGCGGCCGUGACACGACGGGGAGGUGGGCGAGCGAUCCGGCGCAGGUGGUCAUUGUAAACAUUGUAGAGCCGCUGCACACUCUUAUAUUUGCGUACUUCGGUGUGCAGUUUGUGCAGGCCGCCGAAACGUACUACCGCGAACAGCGGGCACUGCAGAUCGCUCGUCCUGAGGGUCGGCGCGGAUACAUGGCGUGGGUGCAGCAAUGCCGAGACGUGGAGCGGUCGCUGGUGAAGGAUGUUAGUGUGUCGCUCUUCCACUGCGUCCUGCGCGAGCGGCUCCACCAAGUGCUGCUGGUGGAGGUGCACCGGUUGAUUAUUCUCGACGAGGAGCUCGGCUUUCGUGCCCAGUUGGAUGCGUGGGCCAGGCACCGUGGCCUUGGCUCUGCCAUUUUUCUCCAGGCCUCGUCAUCGUUCACUUCAUCUUCCACAUAUCCCUCUGCCGUGGUUUCUGCGUUGACGACGGACUUUAGUGCGACCCCCGCUCCCCCUGCUGUUGUUUCCAAUACUUAUGACGGUGAACGGACUCAACCGGAAAAUUUCUGGGCGCAGCUCUCAGUGGAUGAGCUCGCCCACAAAAUGAAGGUCUUUGCCACCAAUUUCUUUAACACGCAGGACGCGGCGUGUUGUGUUCUUCUGGCUAGUGAGUUUGCGAGCAAGGUGGUGACGGAUACUACCGAGCUCUUCACCGCCUAUAUUUCCCGAGUGGAAGCGGUACAGCAGCAGCAGCAGCAACAACAACGACACGAGCAACAGCAUGGAUUCUCAUCUCUGAUCGACGUAAAGCCGGGCGUGGCGGCCGGCAGGAAGCGCCCGGUGAGCGGCGAUGUUCUGCCCAAUGCAGCAGCAACACCAGCAGCCAAUCCCACGCUGCAGGACGUCGCAAUGGCGCUCAUCGCUGGGCUUGUCGAUGCAGCGCAGCACUUUGGUGGCCUUGUGCGCGAGCAGUUCAACGCCCACCCGUCGAUGCAGGCGGCUAUGUGUGACGCGUUCCGAGAGAUUCUGAACCCUGAGCGUUGGGGCCAGCUCGGCGUACGUGGCCGCACUACCGUUGGCGCGGAGCUGCCGAGCGUGCUACUCAACCACGACGCAGCGAGGCGGACGCUGGCGGUGAUGAAAAGACUCGCGGUGCUGCGCGGGGCCCGCGAGAUCGCGACGCCGCAGCUGCUGGCCGCGUACUGUGACCAGCUGUGCCGGCGGGAGAUGGGCAGCGUCACAGAGGGCAGCGAGGACCGCGGGAUCCACAUUGCAUACCUCGCUGCCCUCCUCGACGACAAGGACGUGUUCCUAGAGCACUACAAGUUGCUGUUGGCGCGACGCCUACUGCUUCUGCUGCCGUCGCAGCGCAAUGUAGACGGGGAGCGGGUGCUGGUGCACAAGCUGCAGGAGUCGCUGGGCCGCACGUUAACGCAUGGCCUUGUGGCGAUGCUUCACGACUGCGAGUCCACUGCAAACAUCAGCGACAGCUUCCGCGAGACGGAGGCGCAUAACGCGCUGCCGGCGAAGAUGCGCGUGCAGGUGCUCACCGCAGUGCACUGGCCGGCGUACCGUGUCGUGCAACUCACACCCUGCGCGUCGCUUGGCGCCGGUAUGCAGGCCUUCGCAGCGUUCUACGCGGAGGUGCACCCGUCCCGCACACUGCACUGGAUCCAUACACUCGGGUCCGCCAUGCUGCACGCGGUGUUCCCGCGGGGAACGAAGGAGGUGAUCGCCAACACGCUGCAGGCACACAUCCUCCUCCUCGUGAGCGAUGCCUGCAACGCCGGCAGAAGCACGGCAGCGGCGUCGGAAACAGCAGAUGAGGCUUCCGUUGUCGUGGCCUCGGAGCAGAGAGGCGCGGUGCGCCGACGGGCUGUUGCUGGGCGGUCAAUUGCUUCUGUGAUGGGAAUAGAGUUCGCCGACCUCCGCGUCCACCUAGCCCCGCUCGUACAGCACAAGGGGUUCAACCUGCUCACGCGCGUGGAGCCGCGCCGUGACGCCUCCAUGAGUCCAGCAUCAGCGGGAGCAAUGGUAGAAGCGCCCCUGUUGCCAGACGAUGAGUUCGCUCUCAACGUUGAGUUCACGCAUAAGCUGCGCAAGUUCAAGCUGCCCAUAGCGCGUCCCCGCCCCGCACAGGCGGCAGGAGACAAGUCCCGCAGCUCCGCCGAGGACGGGGCGGAGAGUGUCCUCUCCGCUGCAAUUGAGGACACGCGUCGGCUGCAGAUUGAUGCCGCCAUUAUACGCAUCAUGAAAAGUCGGCGCUCGCUGCGCUACUACGAGCUGCUGGACGCGACAGUGCAGCAGCUGUCGCGGCUCUUCGCCCCCAGCUCGCGGUCGGUGAAGGCUCAGGUGGAAGAUCUCGUUGGCCGCGGGUUUCUGCAGCGUAGUGAGGGGGAUGCGUCCGUUUUCGAGUACGUUGCGUGA